CCGAAACUGGGGCGCGUUGGUCACGGGACUGCAAUAGACGCGUCCCACCCGGGCCACACUGAGCGCAGUGUCCGCAGGAGGCGAUGGGCAGCACUUUGUUCGUUUCCAUCACGCAUCCGUCUAGUCAUACAUUUAUUUCUUGGUUAGCUGCGUUUACAGUUCUCCCAACCAUGGCCCUCUCGUCUGCCGACGCUCACGGCCGGAUGCUCAAACGAGCAGACCCCUCGACCAUCCAGAAUAAAUUCAUGGUUGGGUAUCAGGGAUGGUUCACCUGCCCUGGCGAUGGCCCACCUCUGGAUCCCCACCAUCAUGGCUGGCUGCACUGGUUCAACUACCCCAUCCCCGACGGAGGUCGUCCCAACACUGACCUCUGGCCGGAUCUCUCAGAGUACUCUCCGUCCGAGCUGUACCCAGCCCCUGGCGUCAAGUAUCCUUCCGGCGAGCAGGCCUUCCUCUUUUCCUCACGGCAUCCAAAGACCGUCGAGCGCCAUUUUCACUGGAUGGCGCAGCAUGGCGUAGACGGUGCUUUCCUGCAGCGCUUUGCGGGUCAGACCGAUCUCGAGGCGGGAAAUGAGGCCAUUCGAAACCAACGCGACGAAGUGGGAGACCGCGUCAGAGAGGCUGCCGAGAAAGCGGGUCGGGUCUUCGCAAUCAUGUACGACGUCUCGGGCGUGGCGCCUGAGCGCAUACAGCGGGUGAUUGAGCAUGACUGGAUGCACCUCAUUCACGACAAGGGUGUCCUUGACAGCCCGAACUAUCUCAGGGAACACGGCAAGGCCGUCGUGACCUUUUGGGGCUUCGGAUUCGCGGACUCGCGCCACGAUCCCGCUGUCGUUCGAGCCAUCACGAAGUUCGUUCGAGAGAACACACCGGGCGGUGCAUACAUUAUGGCGGGGACGCCUGCCCACUGGCGAACAUCAGUGAGUGACGCGGAUCCAAACCCCGACUUCGUGAACGUUUGGCUGGAUGAGUUCGACGCCAUCUCCCCGUGGACAAUCGGGCGGUAUCACAACGAGGAGUCUGCGGACUGGUUCGAGAAGGAGAAGAUUGCCGGCGACGUCCAGUUGAUCAAUGAGAGAAACCAGCGCUGGGAGCAGACUCAAGUCGGGCGCAAAGUCGACUACAUUCCUGUAGUCUUCCCAGGUGGUUCUGGCCACAAUCUUUCCGAAGGCAAGUGGGGAUGGAACGAUGCCCCGCGCCAGGGUGGGCGGUUCCUGUGGAGGCAACUGUACAAUAUCCGCCGUCAUGGCGUCCGCAUUGCCUACGGAGCUAUGUGGGAUGAAUACGACGAAGGGACUGCAUACCUUCCCGUUGUGUCCCACAAAAGCCAGCUGCCUACCCUUAGCACGCACAAAUUCAUGGCGCUUGAUGAAGAUGGAUACGAUCUACCUCCAGAUUGGUACAUGCGGAUAUCUGGCUUCGCCGCCGAGGGUCUGCGAGGGGAACGGAUCAUCCACGAUACCUUCCCUCAGAAGGAGCUGCAGGACUAUUGGUCCACGCACCCCCAGUUCGAGGACAAGCGCGGAGAUCCGAUGGCCUCUGGUAGCCAUUCGUAUUCUGGCUUUGAUCCGGGCAAGACGGACGUCGUGGACGAUCUUCCCCCUCCUCCGCCAUACACCCUGGAGGAUGAGAGCGCUGGCACUGGCACUUCAGCGACGUCUUCUCAGCCCUCAGUCUCCCGCCAUGCGAGCGCGGGUCCGCCGCUGCCCCCGAAAUCGACUAGACCGCAUGAUGUGCCUGGCGACCUUUCUCUGUCAAGAGCGGCGUCUGUGGGGUCCUCAUCGACCUCAUCACGACCAGAAGGACCUCCUGUCAACUCAAGGUCCCGACCCCAGGCCGUGCCACCUCCUGUGCCGAGUGACGCGAGACGCCCGGUGUCCGCGCACUCCAUCGAUGCGCUCGCCAAUCAGUUCGACAGACAGUCCUCGAUACAUGGACCUCAUGCACCACGUCCUGCACCGCCGCCAGGGCAUCCUGCCCACCCGCCGGUGCCACAUCCGCACGGACCUUCUCCAUCGUCGCCGUCAGCAUAUGCGCCGUCCUGGGCGCCCCCAAGUCCUCCACCGCCUGGAGGAUGGUCACAGGCUCCGUGGCCUCCUCCUCAAUGGGGUGUAGGGCCUCCCCCUCCUCAACCCCACGGCCCGCCAAGCGGAUGGUCCUACCCUGGCGAGGCGUAUCGGGAUCAGCAUGCCUAUGGAUACGAACAACCCCCGGGACCAGGCUACGGUACGCCGAAUGCGCCCCCGCCUCUCAAGCCUCGACCAAGCGUUUCCUCGCAUUCAUCGGGCAAGCCUUCGGUGUCGGAAGAAGGUAGUGAUUUCCCUAUGCCAUUCCGGCCGCCGUCGCCAUACAGACCCUCUGGAGGCUUCCCACUUGGUCCUGCUCAUGCUUCUUUUCCAGUCCCCGAUGCUAGCCCGCCGCACAGCUUCGCGCAGCCCCAAGCGCACGCACCUUAUGGGAGCUAUCCGCAAGGACCAGGUACGUCUUCCCCAGGCCGCCGCUAGUGGAGCUCGAACGCAUCCUAAGCUGAACUUCUUUGUGUGUCUUGUCCAGUAUAUUACCCUAGUUAUGCCGUAGGCCAUUCCCGUGAGUAGUCUUCUGGUCAGUCGGGCGAGUGAGAGACGCGGCGUACUGACGUGAUCGGUCCGCUUUAGCUCCUCCGCACUUCCCAUCGCCUCCUCCUGGCUCACCUGGACAGCCCGCGCUGGCAUAUGGUGGGCCGCCUCCCCCACGUCCGGCGCCACCGGGCUCGUAUCCGUCUGCGGGCGGCUCGUCAUUGUCCACGCGACCGUCCAUAUCAUCGAACCCUAUCGC